AAAAUCAAUCCUUGCACGAAGCUAGGAUCGAACACACGAACUUGAUCUUUGCAGACGAACUGCAAAAAUCAACUUCGCUGUUCUUUCCUAUAUUCUGUACAAUGAUUGAAGUUGUGCAAUGACUCGAUGUUAUCAUUUUUCUAUCUCCUUUUUAUUUAUAUCUAGAUCCAGCCCUUAUAUAUGAAAAAUGUACAGAAAAAGCUAGCGGUUUUGAAAAAUUAUUGCCAAUAUUUCCUCCUACUUUUAAUUUAAAAACAAUUGAUCCAACAAUUUCUGGAAAAAUGAUCGUACUCGAUUGUUUAUUGGCAGUUAUAAAAGCCACAACAAAUGAUAGAAUAGUACUUGUUUCAAAUUAUACUCAAACAUUAGAUGUAUUUGAAAAAUUAUGUCAUCAAAGACGAUAUCAAUUUGUUCGACUUGACGGUUCAAUGACAAUAAAAAAACGUGGCAAAAUUGUUGAAAGUUUUAAUAAUCCAGACAGUUCUGAUUUCAUAUUCAUGCUCAGUAGCAAAGCUGGUGGUUGUGGUUUGAAUUUAAUUGGAGCAAACCGUUUAGUCAUGUUUGAUCCAGAUUGGAAUCCGGCCAAUGAUGAUCAAGCAAUGGCUCGUGUUUGGAGAGAUGGGCAAAAAAAACAAUGUUUUAUUUAUCGACUGGUUUCAACUGGUACACUCGAAGAAAAAAUAUUUCAACGACAAGCUCAUAAGAAAGCGUUAAGCAGUUGUGUUGUUGAUCAAGAAGAAGAUGUUGAAAGACAUUUUAGUCUUGAUGAAUUACGCGAUUUAUUUAAAUUAAAUGAAACAACAAGAAGUGAUACACAUGAUAAAUUUAAAUGUAAACGUUGCUUAAAUAAUACACAGAUAAAACCACCGCCAGAGGACGCCGAUUGUAGCUGUGAUUUAUCACUAUGGCAUCAUUGUUUUGACAAGAAAACUAUUGUCGAUCAAAUAUUAAAACAGAUAUGGAAAGAUGAUGUUAUUUCAUUUGCAUUUCAUCAAAAAUCGCAUGAACAACGUGUAACGGUAUAA